AAGACUUCCUGGAUGAAAGACAAUCGUCGGAAACGAGAUCGGCACAGUAGGAGGAAAGCUGCGACGGAAGAAAGGAGGAGGAUGAAAGCGGUGAAGGAUAAAGAGAAAGCCAUUGAUGAUGGUGAAGAGGAUAGAGAGAAGAGAUCACUAAUGGAGAGUGGGACAAAGCUAAGGCCAGGAUACAUGGUGAUAAACAAUGGCAUGAUUCAUUAUCAAUCAAAGCCAAUUAAGGUUUUUAACAUGAUUAAGCUCCAUGGGAAGUCUAUACGCGUUAACAAAGAUACGAAGAGCUUGGAUGUUGGUGCUAACCUUUUCAUUGGAAACCUUGACCAUGCAAGUAUAUGUCUUGGUGGUAAUGUUCUUCAUUUCAGAUCAUGUAAGGAUCGUGAUACCAUGAACUCACGUGGUUUCGGUUUCAUCAGUUAUGGCUCCUAUGACGCAUCUCAUGCUGCUACUGAGGGAAUGGCCGGAUAAUAUCUGAGUAAUUUUCAAAUAACAGUCUCUUAAGCUUACAAGAAAGACACCGACGGCGAGCACCUACAAGUCAGUAAUCAUAUGUGCAACCUCUACAAUGUUUAAACGCAUUGGUCUUCCAAAACCAAACCUGAAUAGUGAAUACUCACAACGUCUAAGCACACUGCUAUGCAGGAAAGUAUGGUGUGUCUUACUGUGUAUGUCGGCUCACAAUUCAUUGUUUACAUAUAUUAUUAACAUAUAAGUGUAGAUACACCACAGUUAAAAAUUCUGAGUUUGUCUCUUGCGGUGACGAAACCGAGGAGAAGAUGAGAGCUUUAAUGAAAUAGUUUGGGCUGUAAGGUCAAGAUCCAAGUCAUUAAGAGAGAAGCUCACUUCGUUGUGGUCAGAGAACAUUACAGAAGUUGCAAGAGAAGGAGGAAGUGACGAAGUAGAACUUAAUUGGGACAGCUACGAAAAAGCAAACCAAGAGAUUUCAUCUGACAAGCUUAAAUUGGCUGAAGAGAAAGCAAUAACAAAGGAACAAGACAAGAUGAGAGCAGAAGAAGCUGCACACGGCAAGUAUAGAGAAGAUGAGGAGAGUUGUGGAAAGAAAUACAUCACGAGAGAGAGAGACCAAAUAAAAGGAAGGACUAAAAAAACCAAACAGAACAAGAAGAAUGCAACAACUUCACGUUCUAAACUGAAGAAGAGACUCACAAAGAUUCACAAGAAGAAAACAAGUCUUGGUAUAAUUCCUAUUGGAAAGUAUAUGGUGGUCAGUUACAGCCAAGCUGGAGAAACUGGACUUGGAACUGAUAAGGAAAGAGAGGAAAAGGAGGAGGAGGAGAUAUUUCACUAUCUGAUCAUAUCCAAGCUGGCAAGAACCAACAAGGAAAUGGUUUUCCAUCAAAAUUUUGUUUUUUUUUUUACUCUGGAAUCACUGGAUCCUGAUUAACUCUUUUCAACUCAUAGUUUAUAGAGAUGUCCCAUUACUGAUAAAAGACUGAAAAUAUAUGAUAAAGAAAUCAAUUCUUAACA